AGCUUCUUAAGGAAGGGUUUCAGAGGAGUCAGACCAGUGCUGGAGUGCAAGAGGUUACAAUGGCAAGUGAAAUCAUCAUGAAGGCCCCCAUCUGUUUAGUGGAGAAUUUGAACCAGCAGCUUAAAGUAAAUCCAAAGGCACUGGAUAUUCUUAACAAGAUAUCUCAACCUGUGAUGGUAGUGGGCAUUGUAGGGUUAUAUCACACAGGAAAAUCCUACCUAAUGAACCGCUUGGCAGGACAGAACAAUGGCUUCCCUCUGGGCUCCACAGUAAGAUCUGAAACCAAGGGCAUCUGGAUGUGGUGUGUGCCCCACCCCUUGAAGCCAAAUCAUACAGUGGUCCUUCUGGACACUGAAGGCCUGGGUGACGUGGAGAAGGGAGACCCUAAGAAUGACUUGUGGAUCUUUGCCCUGGCUGUGCUCCUGAGCAGCACCUUGGUCUACAACAGCCUGGGCACCAUCAACCACCAGGCCCUGGAGCAGUUGCACUUUGUUACUGAACUCACAGAGUUCAUCAGGACAAGAUCUUCCCCCAUAUCUGAUGAAGUAGAAGACUCCGCAGAGUUUGUGAGUUUUUUUCCAGAUUUUGUUUGGGCUGUACGAGAUUUUAUCCUGGAGCUGAACUUGGAUGGACGCCCCAUCACAGAAGAUGAGUACCUCGAGAAUGCCUUGAAGUCAACUCCAGAUGAGAACCCCGGAAUGCAAAAAUCGAACAAGUGCAGGACGUGUAUCAGACAUUUAUUUCCAAGACGGAAGUGUUUUGUCUUUAGCUGGCCCAUAAGUAACAAAAAGCUGUUAGCUCAUUUGGAUAAAGUGUCAGAAGACCAAUUGGAACCAGAUUUCAAGAAUCAGACAGAGAAAUUCUGCUCCCAUAUCUUCACAAAUGGGGAGACCAAGACCCUGAGACAGGGGAUCAUUGUCACUGGAAAUCGCCUGGGAAGUCUAGUAGAGAUGUAUGUGGAUGCCAUCAACAGUGGAGCAGUUCCUUGCUUGGAGGACGCAGUGACAACUCUGGCUGAACGUGAGAACACCAAAGCCGUGCAGAAGGCAGCUGACCACUACACUGCACAGAUGGCCCAGCGUGUUAUGUUCCCCACAGACACACUCCAGGAGCUGCUGGAUGUGCAUACAGUCUGUGUGAAAGAAGCCAUUGAAAUCUUCAUGGAACAUUCCUUUAAGGAUGACAGUCUUGAAUUCCAGAAUAAACUUAAGGUAACCAUAGAGGAGAAGAAAGGAGAUUUCUUGCUGCAGAAUGAAGAGGCUUCUUUCAAAUAUUGCCAAGCUGAGCUUAGGCGGCUUUCAGAGCACCUGAUGGAAAGUGUUUCAGGAGGAACGUUCUUUGUUCCCGGAGGCCACAGUCUGUACUUACAAGCAAGGAAAAAGGUUGAACAGGAAUAUGAGCUGGUGCCCAGGAAAGGAGUGAAGGGAAAUGAGGUUCUCCAGGGCUUCCUACAGUCACAGACAGCAACAGAGAAAUCCAUCUUGCUAGCAGGCAAAGCACUCACUGAUGCGCAGAAGGCCUUAGCAGCCGAGGAGGCCAAGAGGGAAGCAGCUGAGAAGGAACUGGAACUGCUAAGACAGAAGGAGAAGGAGCAACAGCAAAAGAUGGAGGCUCAAGAGAAAAUUUUCCUUGAACAAACUGCUCAGCUACAAGAGAAUAUAAAGGAAAUAGAGGCUCAGCGAAGAGAACAGGUAAAGAUGCUGGAGCAUAAGCUGAAGGUUCAAGAAGAAAUGCGUAAAGAAGGAAAUGAAGAACACGUUAAUAAGCUAGAAAAAGAAAUUGAUGGGUUAAAAAAGAAGAUUCUAGAAAGGGAUAAGGAGAUUGAAAAACUCAUAGGGAUGUUAGUGACGGGUGCUUUGGCAGUGUUUGGUGUUGCGGUUUCGCGGAAUCCAGCUGCUUUGAAAGUGAUAACUGACAUUGCAAAAGGACUUAUGCGCUAA